UUUUUUUUUUGCAACAAUGUUCUUCGAUGAGAUCGGUUAACUAAUCACUUAUUUGUAAGUAAUCAACUUAUGUGAUAUUAGUGCUUAAAUUACGUUAUCAUGGUAUUAGAGUUCCUAAUACAUCUAUAAAUGUCUUGCACAAGUACUCUACUUCACCCAAUUUCACGUGUAUGACUUGAAAUUUUUCCACACUACUUCUAUGAAGUGUUGUUUCACAUUGGAAAAUUGGGACAUUUGUAAUAGAAUCCACUUGGCAAAGCUCAUAUAAGACCAAAACAAAAACCCCAAAACUACGUUCAUCGCCAAUCGCUGCUUUGACUCACUAAGAUUUUGGUGGUCAUGUUUCUUCGGCGAAUGGCGGUUUCGUUUUCUCACUCGAGAAGGUUUCUUAGUAGCAGUAGCAGUAACAGCAGCAUUGAUAUUGCGAAAGCGAUUGAUGAGCUGAACAAGGAAAUGGAAUCCGUAUUUGGUGAACCUCCAGCAGAGAGUGGGCUUGCCAGUUCUGCAAGAAAUGAUGUUACGGCUCAAGAACCUGAGUUAGCAUCUCGAGAAAAAGGGGAAGAUACGCAUGACCUAACCCACAUUGGCAGUACAGGGGAGGCUCAAAUGGUGGAUGUUUCUCCCAAACAAAGUACCAAGAGAACUGCCGUUUCUAGUGGCAAGGUACUUCUUGGCAAGCAGGUGUUUGAUUUGGUCUUAGCCAACCAGAUGGCCAAGGGAGAUGUCCUUAGUGUGGCCAAGAUUGCUGGAAUAAAUGGAGCAAAGCACACAAGCAGUCUCAUCCCGCUAUGCCACAACAUACCACUGACCCAUGUCCAUGUUGAUCUGACUCUAAAUCCCAAGGAUUUCAGUGUGGACAUCAAAGCAGAAGCAAGUUCAACCGGGAAAACUGGGGUCGAAAUGGAAGCAAUGACUGCUGUGAGUGUUGCUGGCCUAACAGUCUAUGAUAUGUGCAAAGCUGCUUCAAAGUCUAUACAUAUCACUGAUAUAAGACUUGAGAGUAAAGCUGGUGGGAAGAGUGGAAACUGGUUCAGGGAGGAGUAAGUAAUGGUGUUCAAUAUAGUGCAAGAUUCCCUCAUUGUCUGCUGGUUAAGUGCUGUAGUGCCAAACUGCCGAUUUUCAAAUCACAUUGUAAUGAUGAAAUGGAAGAUGAUCGGAUAUGUCAUUUCAAAAAGUUGUUACCUACUAAUAUGAUCCUAAAUGGCGUCUGUUAUUCUUCUUUA